GAUCAAACUACUAACCCAAUUAGUUUGGUUUGAAAAUUUUAUUAUCUUAUUAAAUUAAUUAAUAAUUUGGUUUAAAAAUAGUUCGGUUUUAAAAUGUUAAAAUCCAAUUCAACAGAAAUAAACCCUAAUGCAUAUUGACAGAAACAGAUAGCUCGGCUCUGCAACUUCAAUGGCGACUAACUGCUCGACUACUAGCCAAAUGCAAGUUAUCGCUCCACAACCAAGCAAGACAACGCCUCUCCACCAGUUCUUCGCGUGGAGGGAGUUCUUAUGGGGAUCUAUAGCUGGGGCCUUUGGGGAGGGCAUGAUGCAUCCUGUAGAUACUGUAAAGACAAGGGUUCAGAGUCAAGCUAUUAUUAGCGGGAGUCAGAGCCAAAAGAGCAUAAGGCAGAUGGUUCAUGCAGUCUGGAAAGCUGAUGGACUACGAGGCUUUUAUAGGGGUAUAACUCCUGGUGUCACUGGAUCUCUAGCAACUGGAGCAACAUACUUCGGUUUCAUUGAGUCUACCAAAGGAUGGAUUGAAGAAUCACAUCCUAGCCUUGGGGGUCACUGGGCCCAUUUUAUUGCUGGAGCUGUUGGUGAUACACUCGGUUCAUUUGUAUAUGUUCCAUGUGAAGUGAUGAAGCAACGAAUGCAGGUUCAGGGCACAAGAACAUCAUGGGGUUCUGCAAUGAAGAACAACCUGGUGGUAAAACCUGGUUUGCAAAUGUAUGGAUAUUACUCUGGAAUGUACCAAGCUGGUUGUUCAAUUUGGAAAGAGCAGGGAUUAAGAGGACUAUAUGCAGGAUAUUGGUCCACACUGGCAAGAGAUGUGCCAUUUGCAGGUCUUAUGGUUACAUUUUAUGAAGCUUUGAAAGAUUUAGCAGAGUUUGGGAAACAAAGGUGGUUUCCAACUUUACAUCUUAAUAGUUCAAUCGAGGGACUGUUGUUAGGAGGGUUGGCUGGUGGGUUUAGUGCAUAUCUCACCACUCCCUUGGAUGUCAUCAAAACAAGAUUACAGGUGCAAGGAUCUUCAACAAGGUAUACCGGCUGGUCGGAUGCAAUUUACAGGAUCUGGAAAAACGAAGGUGUAACAGGAAUGUUCAGAGGAAGCAUCCCCCGGAUCACAUGGUACAUCCCAGCUUCUGCUCUUACCUUCAUGGCUGUUGAAUUCCUGAGAGAUCAUUUCAAUGACGAACUAGAUGAUAACAACAUGCGAGAUGUUACAAACUUGUUAAUAGAGAAUCCGGGAUAAUCUAUGAGGGACUUAGCAUAGAUCCAGAGCCAUUUUUUUGUGAAGACGAUGCACCUAAUAGAGUAGUCACAGAUAUUCUGGACAUGCUUAAAAACGAAUAAAAAUGUGUAAAUUGCGGAAUCUGUCUCUGCUAAAUGAAAGUAAUCCAAAAAAUUUGCAACUCUCAUAUCGUACAUUUGGAUUGGUUUUUGAUAACGAUAUGAAAGGAAAUUCUAUGCAUUCUGGCUUUUUUUU